UUGUACUGCACAGCAUUUUGACCCCUUUGUCACACAUCCCGCAUAUUGAGAUAAUGUCCCGCAUUUUCAUUGGUCGUUGGGUUUUUAACAGUCUGAUAUAAGAACACGCAAAUUAUGUUUUUUUUUUACCUGCCUCGCACAUGAGCCGCUUAUGCCAUUGCUGCAUAGUUUCCACUCGUUUUAAAAGCGCUAUGUAAAAAGCAGCAACCUGGCUCAUACAAAGUCUGGCUUUCAUCCAAUGGCUGAGAAGAGAACAGUGAAGGCCGUGACAACCGUCAAUAAAUAGAUGUGUGGCCGGUGAAAUGCUCUGCUACUCUGUCACAAAAACCUUAACAACUUAAAAACGUAACAAACAUAAACUUUUCCGAUAAGUAAAAAAAUACAAAGCGGCAUCAUCAAACUUUAACUCUAUUUGUGCGAGAUGGCUCGUCAUACCUUUCAUAUAGCAAAAGCUGUAUUUUUUAUGGCCUAGCUGGUGUGCUGUGGAAUCAACUAGAGGAGAGAGUAUAUGUGGUUACGAGCUAAAGUAAAGGAAUACAAAUGUUUCUUAUUCAGUUAGACUUUAGAAGUCGUUAGAAGUUUUAGGUUACCUCACAGCGUUGUCCCACUCAAACGUUCCCACAUUUUUUAAUCCAGAUGGCCCGGAUGCAGUGCACUAUGAGGGUGUACUCAUUAUGGUCAAAAAGGUGAAAGUGAAACGCUGGACACUGCAAUAGUCGCCAUCUUGGCUCCGUAGCAGAAAGGGGGGGAACACAAACCUAUUUUCCAAUGGCAGUCAGAUGACGAAUACAUAAUGAUUGUAUACCUUAUCUAAAUUCACACACUACGCACGUAAGUACAUAUUGUACAGUGUACUACAUUGAAGUGUACUGACGGAAGUAUCCGGAAUGAGACAGAGUGUUCAAAUAUUUCCAUCAAUGUGAUGUUUCAUGUUUUUCUACCGCAAUUCCCAGGUUACCAUGGCAGAGAGUAACCACUGCACGUCCAAGUUUCUUCCCCGUGGCACCCACGUCGAGUUAGGUGGUUCCGGCCCCGAGAGUGAUGACGACGAGGACGUCGAUGAGCGCGACCCCCCCAUCAUGUCGCUGUCGAAGAGCUCCACGAACGUGGUGGCGGGGCCCCCUCAGCGCAUGGAGCUGGCCUGGCUCCGCCCUGACCUCCGCAAGAGCGCCAGCGCACAGAGGCCCCGCAGCCUGGCGGGGUCGGGGGUCAACAUGUCCGCCUCGAAGUUCGGCAUCCUGUCGGGGGGCUCACCCCUCCUGCUUCAGGAGAGGAGCAGCCUAGGAAGUGGAGGCAGCAGCCCAGACACGGUGAUCUGGAGAGGGGGUUCCAGACGCCCCUGGAGCAUCACGGAGGACUCUUGCGCUAAACCAACACCUGUUCCAGAGAGGCCCGGUUACUUGGGGCUAGUAGGGGAUGGGUUCCACCCGUCCACCCUCUACUGCAAUAAGGACCUCCACGUGGAGCAGGUGGAGAGGACGGAGAGACAGUGUCCGAGCAGGUACAACCUCGCGGGGCAUGGGGUCAGCCGGGUGGCAGGCACUAGCGUUGAGCCCAGGUCUGCCACACCGGAGGGGCAGCCAUAUGAGGCUAGCGAGGACCCCGAGACUGUGGGUGUUGAGAGACGGGCUCCCAGCUCUUUAGGCUUUCCUCUGCUGGGGAGAGGCUGCAGGACAGACUGCGUUGGCGUUUUGCAGGGUACUUCUGGGUCGUUAACCCUCCCCUAUACUAAUGCUAACUCGACUCUCCACAAUGCUGCAGUGCAUUCGCCAUUGACUCAUGCCACUGAAAGUCAAAGGUCAUCAUUUUCGGCAGGCUCUCUGGCCUUCCCCCCGCUGGUGUCGUCCACCAGUGAGAUGAGCCAGGACCAGUGUGUUCUGGCCCACAGCUGCACCCCCCGAGGUAGCGACUCGUCCAGCGUCUCCAGCUCCGGCGCAGCAUCUGCGGUGUUGGGGGCGCCCCGGUUGUGGCCCUCACUGCAGCGGACGGUGAGGGAAGUCGGCACCAUGACGCCCCGCAGCGAGUUCCGAGAUGUGGGGGUACAGACGGGCUCCGGGGCCCCCCCCACCUCCCCAACCGUGCCUUCAUCCAAGCUCCUGCCUCCAGCCAGCAGCUGGUCCAGUGAUGCAGGGGAGGGUACGGGGGCGCCAGGGAGCAGCGGCGGUGGGGGUGUGGGGGUCGGAGGGGUCGGAGGGAGGUCACCUAUGAGGGACGUGGAGUGGGAUGACGAGGGGAUGACGUGGGAGGUGUACGGGGCGGCCGUGGACCCGGAGGAGUUGGGUCAGGCCAUACAGAAACACCUAGAUCUGCAGAUCAAGGAGUCGACUGCCACGGAGACCGCUGACCCAGAGGGCAAAGGUCAGGGUGACCCUAAGGAAGACGGUGGGGAGGAAGGGAAAGCCUCCGAGGAUGGACCACAGGAGAACGGAAAGAAAAAGAGGAAAGUCGGACUGAGGAUGUCUCUACGAGGACCCAGAUGCUGUUCCAGGUCCGGCGCAGUGGGGGACUGAUGAAAUUAUGGGAUACAAAGAGCAAAAAAGGACUAUUGUACUUGCCAUAAUGUACCUCAGCAGCAAAGGUCCCAGUAGGUUAAUGUCACAGUGUGAAUGAAUUUAUGAAUGAGUGGUUAUACCCACUGGAUACUGUGCAUUUGUGGAUGCAUUGUGGAUAAGUUCUUCAUACAAAUGCUAUGGGACUCAUCUAACUAUAACCACCAAUGUGUAUGUGCUAAAAAGGGGUUCAAACAAGGUCAUUUCCUACUGCAAGAAGUUUGAAAAUCCUUCAUUUUCUAGUUAUCAAUGUAGGCACUGGAGACAGCCCUGUCCGGCAGGUCUGAGACCAUCCUUUGAACGCAUAGAUGUGAACUGGUUACCACACGGUUUGUUCUUGAAUGUCCUUGUACUGUACUAUUUGUUUUCCUUUUAUUUUUUUGUAAGAUUAUAAGGUGACAACACUCCUCUCACUCCUCUCCAAAUUAGCGAUCAGCACAGUUCCAGUCAGUCAGUCAGUCGUCGCUAUGAGGGUAGUGCUGUUUUACAUCCUUUUAUUAGAAUGCAGUCAGUGAUUCUGGUGAAAGGCUCUUAUUUUGAUAUAUCAUAUUUGAGCUCAACAGCCAAUAAAGCUGCACUCCUCCCCUGAGCUCCUAAAGGACAGUAAGCUGGAGGACGGUGAGCAGCAGUUAGCUGAAUUUGACAGCAAGUAUGUGGGAUUAGAAUACAGACCACACCAUUAAUUGGCAGAAAGUAGGGGAUUAGAAUCACCCACCUCACCUUUAAUUGACAGAGUGUAUGGGAUUAGAAUCACACCCACCUUUAAUAUACAGAGUGGGGGAUGCACCUGAGGUAAAUAGUGACUAACUCAGGAGCAGCAGGAGACCCUUGUGCCAAACCCAUCACUUUCUCACACAUCUUUGAGUGGGAAUGUAACUGCCUUUGUACUCAGCCUGGGUAUUGAUUGAUUGAUUGAUUGAUUGAUUGAUUGACAUGCCAUUCAAGAAUUCUGGUAAAUUAUAUCCUAGACUUGACAGCGCUUUUCAUCUGCGGUAUCUGGACAAACGUUCCUCAAAAGGGCUAGAGUAGGCGAUCCCCUCACAGCCGUGAGUGCAUUCUGGGAGCUUUUCCUUGCCAAAGCUAACUUUAUUCAAUUCCGAACCACGGGUGUUGUGACUCCUUGUUUAAAUGUGUUAAAUGUGUAUUACUUGUGUUAAAAUGGACACCCACACACACAGAUCGAUUAAACGUUAUUUUAGCAUGUUGGAUUGUGUGAUACGUUAAAUAAACUAUUUGUUGAAAUAAAUGUG